CACAAACCACAGACUGCCAUCUCUGAUGCAUCUCAACUUCAGUGUGACAUUUUCAGUCAUACCGAGACCUUUGAUAAAACAUUUCGUACUGAUAUAAAAAUCUUAUUUUCAGUAUUGAGGACUUAAUUUUUUUUUUUUAACUGUUCUGGUCUUCAAACUGCUGAAGAAAAUGCUUCACCUGAUUUUUUUCCAGUUUUUCUUGUGGUGUCUAGUUGGCGUGUCUGGUGUUGAUGAAGUGAAGUCAGUGUCGGUGGGAGAUUCAGUCACUCUAUACAUACAGAGAGACGAUGAGAUCGAGUGGAGGUUUGGACCAACCAAAAUUCUCUUAGCUGAAGUCAAAGAGAUAAAUGACUUCAAAUUUUAUAAAGAUAGUGCUGGUGGGAGAUUUAGAGACAGACUGAACCUGGAUCGGACUGGAUCACUGAGCAUCAUAAACACCAGCACCACAGACUCUGGAGAAUAUAUAGUAACCAGAACUAAAACAAGUGCUGUACUAUACACAUUCAGACUUGGUGUCUAUGCUCCUGUUCCUGUUCCUGUCUUUAUGAGACACUCAUCACAGUAUUCAUCAUCAUCAGAAAGGUCAUCAAAAUGUCUGUUGCUGUGUUCAGUGUUCAAUGUGAGUCAUGUGACUCUCUCCUGGUACAAAGGAAACAGUUCAUUGUCCAGCAUCAGUGUGUCUGAUCUCAGCAUCAGUCUCUCUCUUCCUCUGGAGCUGGAAUAUCAGGAUAAUAACCCCUACAGCUGUGCAGUGAAAAAUCACAUCAGCAACUACACCAAACACCUGGACACCACUCAAAUCUGUUCAGACUGUUCCAGUUGUAGUUCUGCUGAAACUAUGAUUCGAUUGGGCCCCGCGUUUCUUCUGGGCGUGCUCGUGGGUGUCAUUCUGAUCUAUCUGGUUAAUGGAUGCAGAACCAGAAAUCUUCAACAGAAGAAAAGCAUGGAGAAAAGAGCAAUGGACAUGGAUCUAACAUAUGCAGAUGUCCUUGAAGAAUUCCACUGAGAAAAUAUAAUUUCAAACCGGUGGAAAAAAUAUCAUAAGGUUUGGAAGAAAAAAAAAAAAGCUAUUUUCUGUGCGAGACUUCAGAUUCUUUAGCCUAUCAUAGAUGAUCAAGUUGCAUUAAACAAACCAGUCUGCUUAUGAAAACAAUUAAAAAAAACAAAGGUUAGAAAAAUACAAGUCUGUAAUAACAAGCAGCAUAACAGAGUGUUUAUGUUCAGCUAAUUUAAGUAGAUUAGGCUGCAGCCUCGCACUUUGCACAUUCACAUUUAUACAAAGCAUCCGCUCUUACGUUACUUUUUUGUCCCCCUUUGUAAAGAAUAGUGCCUUGCUAACCGACUGCGAUCACUAUUAUUAAAAUGCUAGAUGAAUAUAUGGUUCUGUAUGUCUCUUUUAUUAACAUCUGUAAUCUCUCUCAAUGUGAUAGCCUAAAAAUUCUUAAGAGUUGCUAUGCAAGAUCAGAUAUGAAAAAAAUGUUUAUGCAGUAUAUUUCAUAUAAUCUUUUAUUAUUAUUAUUAUUAUUAUUAUCAUGAUUUCAUAUAGCCUAAUUACAUUUUUGGGCUUCAUUUCUGACCACUGGAAAAAUGUACUCUGUUUGCAAACACGACAACAUCAUUUAUUUACAGUGAUAUUAUUGACUUGAUUGCAGAUUAUUUCACAGAUACUAAUUAAACUGAACUGAGCUGAACUGUCAUUAACUGUCAUUUUGCAUUAUUGACACACUGUUUUCUUAAUGAAUGGUGUUCAGUUGCUUUGACACACUUAUUUUUGUUUAAAGCACUUUAUAAAUAAAGGUGACUUGACUUGACUUCAUCUGUGCUCACUGUUGAUUGUAAAAUCUGUAUUUUCAGUUUGCUGCAUGACUAAUUCAAUUUAAUAAAAAAUGUGUUAAAAACUA